AUGCGUGAUGCAAAUAUCGUGACCUUGUACAAAGGGAAAGGUGACCGCGGCGAUUGUAACUGCUACCGGGGUAUCUCCCUAUUAAGCAUCGUCGGCAAACUUUUUGCAAGAGUAGUCCUUACCAAAUUGCAAAAACUCGCUGAGCGCGUAUAUCCUGAAGCGCAGUGUGGUUUUCGUUCCCAGCGUUCAACUACGGACAUGAUUUUUACCCUCCGGCAACUUCAAGAGAAGUGCCGCGAGCAGAACACUCCCCUGAUGAUUGCGUUCGUCGACCUGAACAAGGCCUUCGACACGGUAAGCAGGGAGGGUCUGUAUAUGGCACUAGAGAAAAUAGGAUGUCCCCCAAAGCUGUUGAGUCUUGUAAAAGCCUUUCACGAUGGUAUGAAAGGUUCCAUUGUCUUUAACGGACUGCAGUCGGACACAUUUGAGAUGCGAAGAGGGGUUCGGCAGGGCUGCGUUUUAGCGCCAACGUUAUUCGGCAUAUUCUUUUCCCUGUUACUAAAGAUUGCCUUUGGUGACACUCUGCAGGGAAUCCACCUUCAUACUAGAGCAGACGCCGUCGAUAAGUUCUGCUACUUAGGGUCGACCGUGUCGAGCAACCUUUCGCUUGAUGCAGAGGUCAAUAUUCGCAUCGGCAAGGCGGCCACGACGUUCGGUAGGCUGCGUGCAAGAGUAUGGAACAACAAACACCUUACGACGAAGACCAAGAUGACUGUCUACCAAACUUGUGUCUUAAGCGUGCUCUUGUACGGGGCCGAAACUUGGACGUCGUACGCUAAUCAGGAACGAAGACUGAACACCUUCCACAUGCGCUGUCUUCGGAGUAUACUCGACAUAACAUGGAAAGAUAGGGUCACCAACGAAAGUGUGCUGGACAUCGCUCAGCUGCCUAGUAUUACCGCGCUCCUAAAGCAGAGACGCUUGCGGUGGCUGGGCCAUGUGCAGCGUAUGGACAGUACUCGUUUGCCCAGACGGACUAUGCUGUGCCAAAUCGCAUCAGGCAAGCGCAAUGUAGGACGCCCACUCCUCCGCUUUAAGGACUGUGUAAAGCGCGAUAUGGUAGCUUUUAACAUAGAUUUUAACUCGUGGGAAGACCUAGCAGCAAACCGCGUCGAGUGGAGGGCCAGCCUUUUAAGAGGUCGUGAAACCCAUGACAGGUCCUGGUUUCAAAACUUAGCCCGAAAACGGGCAAUAAGGCAUAACGAUAGAGAUAGAGACUAA